GCGCUGGCAGUUGGGGGCGCGCGACGGCUGGCGUGGGGGAGGGGGUUGUUGUGCGCGAGCCGCCGAUGCCUCCGCCGUGAGAUGGCAUCAUUCUGUGCGGCGGAGGGGUGAGGCGCCUCGGCGGAGAGGGGGCAGCGGUGGCGGCUUUCGGGCCACGGCUAAAGCUGUAGCUUCUGACAUGGCCACAGCCUCACCAAGAUCUGAUACCAGUAGCAACCAUAAUGGAAGAUUACAGAUGCAAGUAACUGUUUCUAGUGCCAAACUGAAAAGGAAAAAGAACUGGUUUGGAACAGCCAUUUAUACAGAAUUAGUUGCAGAUGGAGAAAUCAAGAAAACAGCAAAAUCAAAUAGUUCUUCAAAUCCAAAAUGGGAUGAACAGUUGACUGUGAAUGUGACUCCACAGACUACGUUGGAAUUUCGAGUGUGGAGCCAUCACACUUUAAAAGCUGAUGCUUUACUAGGAAGAGCCACUGUAGACUUGAGACAAGCUUUGGAAAUGCACAAUAGAAAAUCAUGGGGCACGGGUCAGUUGCUGGAGGAUUGUCUGCUCCUUGAAGUCUUGAAACCACGAUUUGAGGACUUCAGUAACACAGACAUAGUGGAGGGGGUGAAAGAACAAUUGAAACUCUCCUUAGAAAACAAGAGUGGCAUGGUGCAAACAGGUGAACUGACAGUUGUGCUCGAUGGUCUGGUUGUUGAACAAGAAUCUCUUACAAACUGCAGUUCACCAGCAGCCAUAGAAGUCCAGCAAAAUGGUGAUGCUGUACACGAAAACAGAGAAAUUUUGGCAAGAACUACAUCGAGAUCUACCUGUGACAUGUCUAAUGGAAUAGACAAUCAAGCUCCUUCAAACUCUGUAAUACAGAAUGCAUUCUGUAUACAUGCUGUUAAUGGAGACAGCACUUCAUCUCCUUCUCAUGUUGCAGCCAGUCCCAAAAAUACACCAGUACCAAAACCACUUUCAACCCAGCCUGCCAACAACAGUGUUAAUGGUGAGUCAUCGUCAACUGCACCGGAAGCUGAUAAUUCUGCCUCUGAGGCUUUUAUGGGUUCUGUAGAAACCCCCAUGUCUACAGAUUGCACUAACACAAUUACAGAACCUCUAUCAACAACGGAAACAGUUAGUUAUUCUGAAAACAGCACGUCUUCUACAGUCCCCAUUGUGUCUGCUGGACUUGAAGCUGUAACUACCACAGACCCUGCAUCCUCUAAUACCAGAAGCAGCACCACUGCAGAAGCAGCAAAACCAAGGGAAUCUUCAAGUGCAUCUGGGGAACCUGUGAGACAGCAGCCUGGUAGUACCAGUACAGAACCUUUGCCACCAGGAUGGGAACAGAGAAAGGAUCCUCAUGGUAGAACCUAUUAUGUUGAUCACAACACACGAACUACGACAUGGGAAAGACCACAGCCUUUACCGCCAGGCUGGGAAAGAAGGGUUGAUGAUCGUGGAAGAGUUUACUAUGUGGAUCAUAACACGAGAACAACAACAUGGCAGCGACCAACCAUGGAAUCGGUCAGGAACUUUGAGCAGUGGCAGUCUCAACGUAACCAACUACAGGGAGCUAUGCAACAAUUUAACCAACGAUACCUCUAUUCGGCUUCUAUGUUGUCAGCAGAAAAUGAUCCACUUGGGCCUUUACCACCAGGCUGGGAAAGGAGAGUGGAUUCAAAUGAUAGGGUGUACUUUGUGAAUCACAACACCAAGACAACACAGUGGGAAGACCCCCGAACUCAAGGUUUACAAAAUGAGGACCCACUUCCUGAGGGCUGGGAAAUCAGAUACACUAGAGAAGGUGUCAGAUAUUUUGUUGAUCAUAACACAAGGACAACAACCUUCAAUGAUCCUCGUACUGGAAAAUCCUCUGUAAAUAAAGGCCCACAAAUUGCUUAUGAACGUAGCUUUAGAUGGAAACUUGCUCAUUUCCGUUACUUGUGUCAGUCAAAUGCAUUGCCGAGCCAUGUAAAGAUUAAUGUAUCCAGACAGACACUGUUUGAGGAUUCCUUCCAACAAAUCAUGGCUUUAAAACCCUAUGACUUAAGGAGGCGAUUAUAUGUUAUAUUCAGAGGUGAAGAAGGAUUGGAUUAUGGUGGUUUGGCAAGAGAAUGGUUUUUCUUGCUUUCCCAUGAAGUUCUAAACCCUAUGUACUGUCUAUUUGAGUAUGCUGGCAAGAGCAACUACUGUCUGCAGAUAAAUCCAGCAUCAACAAUUAAUCCAGAUCAUCUUUCAUAUUUCUGUUUCAUUGGGCGCUUUAUUGCUAUGGCAUUGUUUCAUGGCAAAUUUAUUGACACGGGUUUUUCUCUGCCAUUCUACAAGCGCAUGCUAAGUAAGAAACUUACUAUUAAAGAUUUGGAAUCUAUUGAUACUGAAUUUUAUAAUUCCCUAAUUUGGAUAAGGGACAACAACAUUGAAGAGUGUAAUUUAGAAAUGUACUUUUGUGUUGACAUGGAAAUUUUGGGAAAAGUUACUUCUCAUGAACUGAAAUCAGGAGGCUCAAAUAUCUUGGUAACUGAGGACAACAAAGAAGAAUACAUUGGCCUAAUGGCAGAAUGGCGUUUUUCUCGGGGAGUAAGAGAACAAACCAAAGCUUUCCUUGAUGGUUUUAAUGAAGUUGUUCCCCUUCAGUGGCUACAGUAUUUUGAUGAAAAGGAGUUGGAGGUUAUGCUCUGUGGCAUGCAAGAGGUUGAUUUAGCAGAUUGGCAAAGGAACACCGUUUAUCGUCAUUAUACAAGAAAUAGCAAGCAGAUCAUAUGGUUCUGGCAGUUUGUAAAAGACACAGACAAUGAGGUUCGUAUGCGACUGCUGCAAUUUGUCACUGGUACUUGUCGGUUACCACUGGGAGGUUUUGCUGAGCUCAUGGGAAGUAACGGUCCUCAGAAAUUCUGCAUUGAAAAAGUUGGCAAGGAAACCUGGUUACCGAGAAGUCAUACUUGUUUUAAUCGUUUGGAUCUGCCUCCAUAUAAAAGCUAUGAACAGCUAAAAGAGAAGCUGCUCUUCGCAAUUGAAGAAACGGAGGGAUUUGGUCAAGAGUAGAAGUGGCUUCUUGUCAAGAGGAUAUAUUGCAUUAUUAAAAUGCCCAGCCAACUAAAAUUGCACACUUAGUUGUAUAUAAGCUGUUUGUUCUGUACAGUCAUGUUUCUGGAACUCUAAAGUAUAAAUGUUCUCCGUUCUUCCACAGAGAUAUGCAAAACAGUUCAGCCGUGUCUAGUUUAUUUAUUGCCCCUUCAAAAGACUGACCAGGAAAAAACAAACAAAACCAUAAAUUUUGAAAGCAGACAAAUGACUUUAUUUAAAAAUAUAUUAAAUAUAUAUAUAUAUAUAUAUAUAUAUAAAAUAUAUAUAUACACACACACACUCACUCUCUCUCUCUAGUGGGCUCUAGUUUUAUAGAGCUAUAAGUGUAUGAAACAUAGCAGUCAUUCAAAAGGACCUUGGAAUUUGCUUUAUCUUGGCUUUAUUAUAGAGAAAAAUGUACAAAUUGCUCUGUCUUCUCACUUUAUGCAACAUCUCCAAGAUUGUUUUAUUGCAUGGCUGUUCUAAAAGGUGUUAAAAGCUUAGGCCAAAUGUAUCCUAAGUAUGUAGAAAAAUGCUGCUGGCUUUUUGAGAUGACAGAAUGCCAAAUUCUGUCUGUUCAGGUUUUUGUUUUGUUUUUUAAAUACUUACAAUAGCUGAUAUCCUCACUACUACAUUGAUGUAGCCAAGGUCAUGAAUAAUGCCUUGAUUACUUGCACAAGAGUCAUGUACGGUAAGAUGAAUGUGAUUAAUGUUAAAACAGUUGGUGCCACUAUUCUGACUUAUUGUAGGAACUGAACAGAAUAUUUUAAUUCAUGAGCAGCAUUGAAAUUUGUUUACAUAAUAUCUUGGAUUAUUACCAAGAGAAUGUUGGGUAAUCUUUAAAGAAUAAAAGAGAAACUCUAACACAUUCUCUCUUGGUCUGGUGUCUUACAGUUUUGUUUUGUUUUAAUCUGUGUAUUUUAAAAUUUCAUAAGGUAAACUAAUGUAAUUUGAGAUUUAAGAAUACAUGAAAGGUAAUGUGAAUUUUUGCUGCUUUUAUGUUCAUGUUCAGUUUUAGUUAUGGAUCUAGAGAACCCAAAUGGAAUGACAGUUACAUAAGCUUUGCACAUUAAACUAAUAAUUUUCUAUUAGUAUUAAAUAUUUUCAUCCCCUUUAAGUUCAUGUAAAAAUUCAUGUGUACAUGAAUUAAAUAAGUAUACCUAGAUCUUGUCAUUCUUUUUCAUAGGCAACGUUUUGGAUUUUUUUGUUCUAAAUGCACAAUAAUAUAAAAUUAUUUUUAUUUUUUUUCCAGUAUUGAGGGCAUUUUCUGAACUGCAAAGAUGUAACAAAUUAUAAAAUCUUAUUGAUGUGAAUUAUAUUAAAUGCUACUUUUAGCAAACUGUGCUUCCUUAUUAUAGAGUAAGAACAUUUUAAAAAUUACCAUUUGUAUCAUGCUUUCAAUAUUCACUGUAAAUUCCAUUAAAUUUAACUUAUACAAAAUUUUGUACACACAUAAAACCGAUUUCUUAAAAUGUGAUUUAAACAUUUCUGUAACAUAUCUAUCGUAUUGCACUGGUAAAAGCAUAAAUGCAGAAAAAUAUUGCUAUAUCUGUUCUUGUAUGUUAUCAAUAUAGCAAUUGAAUUCUACCAAAAUUUUAUUUUUCUAUAUAUUGGAUUGUGUUAUGCUUUGUUAUUCAAAAUGCACAAUUUACUGGGGAGCUGUUAACUUGUAAAUGGCUUUGAUAAAAGCUGUGAUCUGAUUGGCUCAAUGUA